ACGCAUACAGAUCAUUGAAGAUUCAGAGCUCUAUUUUAUACAAUACAGAACAGCAGAAUGGCACGCGGAUAGUUGUGAGACAUUUACAUUUAUUUAUAUUUUUCACGAACGCUCUCGUGAGAGACGUAGCGAUGGCGUCAACUUACAUCAAAGACGAGACGGUUAGAUAGUCGACUUUUCACCAGACCACAGCAUAUUUUCAUCAUGAUUCUUACACUGGGAUUUACGCACUUUUUUUGCACAUUUAUCCCAGCGAGCCAACGACCUGAUGGCACAUGGCGUAAGCAACGGCGUGUGAAGGAUGGAUAUAUUCCUCAAGAAGAAGUUCCACUAUAUGAAAGUAAAGGGAAGCAAAUGGUAAAGAAGCCUUUAUAUCCUGUGGGUGCCAGUCCAGAAUUUAUAGCUGAACAUAAGGCCAAGUUAGAGGCUCUAGCAGCAAAGAAUAAAGUAAUACCUGGUUCACAACCAAAACCUCAAGAGGGAUCCAAGAAGAAAAGAAAGAAAAAUAAAUCUAAAACUGUUGAGCCAGUUACAGAAGGAUUGUCCAAAAUCACAAUCUCGGAGCCUGAAUUUCAUAAAGAAGUUCCAACUCAUAAUGAUAAGCCACUGUCUACUACAAAACACACAACAACAAACAAUAUAAUUAAGGAAAAUUCAAAUACUACACAGAAGACGUCUGUUGAUCCGCAAAAGAGAUUAAAGAAUUUGCGCAAGAAAAUUAGGGAAAUCGAAAUAUUGGAGGAGAAAAUCAAAACUGGCUCUUUGAAAAAUGCUGAUAAGGAAAUACUUGAUAAAGUGGCGCGAAAAACGGAGAUUUCUAAAGAAAUAAAAAGAUUAGAAGCCGCUCUAUAGAAUAACACUUAAUUAAGAGUUUCACACGAAUUUGUUAGUACUAAUUCGAGAAACGUCUGAUUAUAAAACAUCAGUAAUACACUUACAAUUGUAUUACAUAGCAAAGCGAAUCUUUCUUUCUUCCGACAGUCACAUGGCAAUUCUAUAAUGCCAUCUUGUACUCAUCCAUUUAUUUACUCAGUAUGUAGAUCGAUAACAUUGAUGCAUACAUUUAUAAACGCGGCAAUGGUGUUAAUUAUCGACAAUUUUAAUGCUUGAUCAUAUAUACGUAUACAUACAUAUAUGUGAAUUUUUUCUUAUCUCCAUAUAUGCAUAUACAUAUAUGCGAAAAAAGUGAAAGAAUUUGAAUAAUGAUAAAAAAAUCUUUCGUUAAAUGACUUGUCUUUUGCAUGUCAUAAUUUAAUGAAAACAUCUAAUAAAUUUAUAUCAAGUCAAGAUGACUUAUUCAAAGGAUAUAUGUAUGUUUUAAUAUGAGAAUUAUGCAUUUAAUGAUGGCGAAUCAACAAUUUGUAACAUUUGUAGCAAAUAAAUCCAGUUGUACAAAAUUAUACGUAUGUCACGUUUUUGUAAAGAGAAUAAAUGUUCUCAAAAUUAUUACGAAAAUGUUUGUUAACAUAGUUAAGUAUUUAUACAAAUUAUUCUGAAUAGUGAGUGUGUAAUGACUGUACUCAAUUUAUUUCCGAUGUACAUUGAUUGUGCAAAAUAAAAUAUCUUUCGACAGUCAAAAAA